AUGUCCGCCCCAGUUGCAGACAUCGCGUCAACGAUCCAAUCCGCCUCCAUCCAGAAGCAUCCAGAUCCUCACUAUGACCUGAAUCCCUCCACCGCCGCAAGCCAGAAAGAGCCCGUCACGCUUGGCUCCUCACCCGCAGCUUCCGACGUUGCCGAAGACGAGAUACCUUUGUCAGCCUUGCAUCCGCGGCCGCGGCGGAAGACACUGCCUCCAUUACCCGAUCUGCGCUUCGAGCAGAGCUAUCUGAAGAGCAUUGAGAAGGCAGAGAGCUGGCAGGGCGUGGCAUAUAUUACGAUUAGGGAUCAAGUCUUCCUGCCCCUCACCCAAGGCAUACUAUGGACCCUCAUCCUCUCCGGCUGGCGCUUCUGGAACCGGGAAACCAAGCUGAAAGGUCACAGCGUUGGUGCACGAAUGAGGAGAUGGUGGUGGGGCGUGAACAACUGGAACAUACCAAGCAGCGGGCCGUCUAGACUUGAUGAAAAGCGGUUGGCAGGCGAUUUUACAGAGGUUAGUCACGGCUCCUAA